ACUUGACACUGUUGACAAAUUUAGUUAACAGUUGUGAGGUUAUCACAUCAAUAUUUAUUGAAAUAAGUUAUAAAUAAUAAUAAUAAAUACAUUAUAAUAAAUAACAAUAGUCUUAAGAAAACAACCACUCGAGCAAUGAAUUUAACCCAGAAUGUCGCUGCAAUAGCAAAAUGGUCUACAAUACUGUCUUCUCAGUUUCACACAUCAACGGCACUAUGUCGUGUAGUCUCAGGAAAGUACAGAAUUACAAAGAAAAGAGAUAAACCACUCACAUACGAAAUGGCAAAUCCUCCACAUUAUAUUGCUCAUAGAAAGACUUGGAAUUCCUGGAACACCUCUAAUCUAAAGGAUGGAUUACGGAGAUCAGAAACAGCAUUAGAAGACGAGUUUAUCAGAAGGUUUAUAAAUGGAACAUGGCAUGGUCUUGUAUGUAGUGAAGUAAUAAUAAAACGGCAGUUCAAUCACAUAAGAGUUGCAGCAAUCAUGAGAAGAGCUGUGUCACCAAUAAAAAUGUAUUUCCUACUUGGUUAUUCUGAAGAGUUGUUAGCAAAUUGGUUACAGUGCCCUGUUACAUUAGAGAUUCAAACUGUUGAUAGCUAUAAAGAUGUUGUUUUUAAAUAUAUAUAAUUGAUUAUGGUGUAAAUAGCAUAGAAUUAUAAUAAAAUUAGCCCAAGCAAUAGUUUUAUUGAAA